AAGUGGGUCAGAUCGGGUCGAUCGGGUGGCGCUUACUCAGGCGAGCCUUGAACAGAUUUAAUUUUGAGUCAUUUUGUAUGCACACUUAAAAAUAGCGAAAUCGUGUUUGCGCGCUUGAAAAUACAGCAGCCGCAAAACGCUGCGAUUGUCAGUCAACUCAGGUCCAGCAUCCAACAACAAACACAUAGGCCAAAAUGCAAGGUGGAGCAGUUCUAGCCCUUCUAGUCGUCGCUGUAGCAGCAGUGUCCGCCCAAGGUGGUGAAGGAUACGGCCACCAUCACCUCGAGGAAUACGUUGACUACAGGGCACACCCUCGCUACCACUAUGACUACCAUGUGCACGAUCCUCAUACCCACGAUUUCAAGAACCAAUGGGAACACAGGGACGGAAAGGAAACCAAGGGACAUUACAGUCUUCUUCAGCCCGAUGGAAGAAAGAGGAUUGUGGAAUACCGUGCCGGUAAACAUGGGGCUGACUACAGAAUAAAGUAUGAAGGACACAGCGAACAUGGUGGAAUAGGAUCUUUUGGAAUUGGUUAUUAGAGAAGGAACAGUAUUAUAGAGGGUUUGAUCGAAUGGUUUGAUAAUGCUCUGCUGCCUAUGUUGUAUAUUGUUGUUGUAUAUUUUUAUUUGUUCGCAAUAAAACAU